UCGGCGAGGGGAAGGGCGAGCCCGCCGCUGACGGAGCGGGGGGAGCUCCGCGCCCAGCACAGCCCGGCCGAUCCCCGCACCGCCAUGGCGGGCGAGGCCCCCGCGGGGGCUCGGCAGGCUCGGGGCGCGGCGGCCGGCGAGGAGCGGCCGCCCCUCUCGGCGGCGGCGCUGGCCAAGAUGGAGCGGAACCGGCAGCGGGCGCUGGCACUGCGGCAGGCGCGGCUGGCGGCACGGCCCUACCCUGCCGCAGGCGGCGUGCGGGUGCGGGCCCCCGCCAAGGUCGUGGACACGGGAGGGGGCUUCUUCCUGGAGGAGGAGGAGGAGGAGGAGGAGGAGAAGGAGGAGGAAGAGCACGGCGGCGCCGCCAGGAUCGUGCGUCCGCCCGCACCUGUGCUAGAAUUUGACUAUCUCAUCUGUGGAGACUGUGGCAAAGAAUUCAUGGAUUCCUACCUUAUGCAGCACUUUGAUUGGGCAACUUGUGAUAAUUGCAGAGAUGCCGAAGAUAAACAUAAGCUUAUAACAAGGACAGAAGCAAAAGAAGAGUAUCUUCUUAAAGACUGUGACUUAGACAAGAGGGAACCAGUGCUCAGAUUUAUUGUGAAGAAAAACCCUCACAACCCUCGGUGGGGUGACAUGAAACUUUAUUUAAAACUGCAGGUAAUCAAGCGUUCUCUUGAAGUCUGGGGUAGUGAAGAAUCAUUGCAAGAAGCAAAGGAACUCCGCCGUGACAGCAGAGAGAAGAUGAAACAGAAGAAGUUUGAUAAGAAGGUUAAAGAGCUCCGUCGUGCAGUGAGGAGCAGUUUGUGGAAGAGAGCAGCUAGCAUCCAUGAACAUGAAUAUGGACCAGAAGAAAACAUUGAUGAAGACACUUACAAAAAGACAUGUACUGUAUGUGGCCACGAAUUAACUUACGAGAAGAUGUAAUGUUAUUUUUUUUAAUUUAAUUAUCUUUUUAAUUGCAUUUUGUAUUAAAGUCAAAUAAAUGCUAAUUAUGAGCAAACCGUGGACAA